AUGAGUGAUCCUACCCAGCAACCAACGACAACCACACCCACUACAACAACAAAAUCAAGUACGGCUGGUGCUUUGAUUGCACCUUCCAACGAUGGUACAUCAGCAUCACCCACCAUCAACAAUAACAAUUUAUCCAUGCCAACCACCUCGAACAUGAACAAGAGUCAUCACGGAAUCAAACGAAUUUUGAGUGAGGUGAGAGAAUUACAAAAAAAUCCAUCCGAUGAAUAUGAAGCACAUCCGUUAGAAGAUAAUUUAUUUGAAUGGCAUUUUACAAUUGCUGGGCCAAAGGGAACAGAUUUUGAAGGUGGUCUUUAUCAUGGAAGAAUUAUUCUUCCUCCAGAAUAUCCACACAAACCACCAGAUAUUGUAUUGUUGACCCCAAACGGAAGAUUUGAAACCAAUACAAAGAUUUGUCUCUCACUCACUUCAUAUCAUCCCGAAAGCUGGACUCCACAAUGGGGCAUUCGUACUGUAUUAAUAGCACUUCAAGGAUUUUUCCCAACAGAAGCCAAAGGUAUUGGAAGUAUUGAAUAUCCAUCACAUGUUCGGAAAAGAUUAGCAAUUCAAUCAAGAAAAUGGAAAUGUGAUAUUUGUAAAACAAUCAAUGAGGAGGUUCUUACACAGACGCCUCAAGUUCCUUCUGGUGGCAUUGACACCGUGUCGUCUGAUUUAAACGCUGCUCAGACCGAAACAACAAGUACCAUGACUGAACACGAUAUUCAUUGUACUUCUGGUGUAUGUAACCAUAUUCAUCACCAUCAUCAACCACACGGGGAAGCCGUCAUGACAACCUCACAACCACCUUCUUUGGAUGUAAAUACGGAAAAUAAUUUAUCGUCGCCUGUAAAUACAACCACACCAGCAACAACCUCUACCACAGAAUCAAAACAAAAGCUUUCCACAACUAGAGCAGAACCUUCGUCCAACAACAAAAAAUCUAUUGUCUUCUUGGAUGUUCUGAUUGCAUUGGUUGCAAUUCUUAUUGCAUAUAUUAUGUAUCAUAGAUUCUCAAAUGGAAAAUAA